AUGUAUCCUCUUAUGUAUGUUGAUGACAUCAUUAUAACACGUAACGAUGUUGCCAUGGUCCAACACUUUGUGGACCUUGUUACCCAAUGGUCCUCUAUCAAAGACCUUAAGCCUCUUGCAUACUUCCCUGGUAUUGAAAUCUUCCACAGAAACAAAGAGCUUGCUCUUGAUUGGCAAACAAGGAGGAAGAUCAUCCUGGAUAUAGCAAAGGGUCUAUCCUAUCGUCACGAAGAAUGCAGACAGAAAAUCAUCCACUUAGAUAUUAAACCCCAAAACAUCCUUUUAGACGAAAGUUUCAAUGCAAAAGUUUCCGAUUUCGGACUGUCCAAGCUAAUGGACAGGGACCAAAGCCAAGUUGUUACAACCUUGAGAGGAACUCCAGGAUAUUUGGCUCAUGAAUGGCUGAGCUCCGCCAUCACAGAGAAAGUGGACGUCUACAGCUUUGGUAUUGUGACUUUGGAAAUUUUGUGUGGGCGAAGAAAUUUGGAUCACUCUCAGCCCGAGGAGGAUAAACAUUUGUUACGUCUUUUUAAGAAAAAGGCUGAGGAAGAUCAGAUGUUGGAUUUGGUUGAUAAGUACAGUGAGGACAUGCAGUUACAUGGAGCAGAAGCUGUGGAGAUGAUGAGGCUUGCUGCAUGGUAG